AUGGACGGGACAAAGCCUUACAUACUCGCCAUCACCAUACGGGUGAUCGUCGCUGGCAUGUUCGUUAUCAACAAGGCAGCAAUGGACCACGGAUUGAACAGCUUCGUCUUCAUCUUCUACCGCCAGACAGCCGCGUCUCUCCUCCUACUGCCCAUUGCAGUCCUUCUGGAGAGGAGAAAUGCAAGAUCCAUGUCGUCCGCGUUGCUCUUCAAGAUCUUCGUGUGCGCCUUGAUCGGGAUUACAGUUAGCGGCAAUCUGUACAACGUGAGCCUGAAGUUGAUAUCAGCAACGGUGGUAGCAGCAUCAAGCAACUCCCUUCCAGUGAUCACCUUCUGCUUGGCGCUUAUAUUAAGCAUUAUUGGUGGAAUCCUGUUAUGUGGAGGCCUUUACAGUAUGCUAUGGGGUAAAAGUAUGGAAACAAAGACCGUGCAGUGCAACAUAGAGGCCACCACGGUCGACGACGGAGCUCAAGAUGAGGCUCACAGAGAAUUAGAAGGGCAGAAGGAAAAUAAGGGUCGGGAAGAGCAAGAGAAAGUAGAAUUAGAAACAUGUAUUCAACAAGUGUGA